ACACACACACACACGGCUUCACCGCCGCCAAAGAAACAUCGUGGAGAACCGCUAGACGCAGAGAGACACGGAUCGUAUUCAACUGCGCAGUUGGGGGCAGGUGUAUCCCAUUCUGCCAAUCGGCGAUGGCACUAUAUAAGACGGUGAAGCGAUGGGAAACAGCAAGUAAUCCCUGAAAUUGUUCAGCUGAAGCUUUCGGAGAAUUAUGUCACUCGUCGCUAAACUUUGCCAAACUGUCAUGGUCGUUUGCUUCGUGCUUCUCGCCAUCUCAACCGGCGAGUCGUUGGCGUGUCUCGGAGGGAGUGGAGGUGGCUGCUGCAUGACCAGCGGAUGCCCAAAUCCAUGUGCCGGAUUUGGAAGAAAAUAAAAUAAUAAUUGAUUUUAUUACAAACCUGGAUUUAAUGUAAAAUUGUGAUUUUUUUCCCGAACAAUAACUUGUAUUUAUUUGUAUGCCACCGAGAAAUUGUCUUAUUUUUUCUUUUUUUUUUCGUCUUUUUUAACAAUUUUAUUCGAAAAAUGAACGAAUUUUUUGCAC